AUGUCAGCAUACUCUUCGUCAAAUAGUAUCUCUGAGACUGAGAACGUCCUUCUAUCGAAUUUGCCACAGUUGCUUCGGUCAGCGGGAACUAAACGUAUCACCAUUCUGGCAGAUGGUGCAGAUGCUCCGGUUGACAGACCAAGUCCCACCUUAGAAACCGGUGCGGGAAUGAUGCUCACCGCCCAGAUAAUGGAGAGCGUUGCACAUCAUCUGUUUCUGGCCAAUCCAAAACAAGUUUAUUCAGAAAUAAAUAUUCCCUACCCGCCAUGCCUUCCGGUACGAACAAAGGGUCCCUAUUCCGUUGGUGAUGUGAACUGUGUAGCUGAACCACAAGCCCCACAACCCAACGCCGAAUCGAUGACGGUGGACAAACCGAGUGAAGCGGAGAAUCGUUUGUCCCGCACCGUUCCUGUUUCGUAUGGCUCCGUUUCGUACAAUCGGCAAAUCAAGGCCAUGAUUGAAAAAACCAAACCGUGUUUGACCCAGCUUAUGAUGGAAGCUCAGCUGGUACGGUUAUGGGUGCAGUACAAUAUACCUCGGAUAGAGGACGGCAACAAUUUUGGUGUGGGCAUCCAAGAAGAAGUAUUGUCCGAAGCGUCCAGCAUCGAGCGUGAUGCGUGCACCUUCUUGGACCAGAUCACCAGAUACUUUGCGUCACGAGGAAAACUCAUCGGCAAAGUGGCGAAGUUUCCUCACAUUGAUGACUACCGCGAGUGCAUUCGGGAUAUGGAUGAAAAACAGGCGAUCACAAUGCGUUACAUCAUAAUGGAGAUACGGAACCAUUACGCUACUCUCCAUGACAUCAUCCUGAAGAAUAUUGACCGUAUCAAAAUGCCUCGUUCAAACAAUGCCGUCACCAUGUACUAGAUCCCACGCGACCGGUCACAUUUACCUCUGUGUACUUUUGCGGGGGCUUUAUCAAUACUGUAUACCCAACCCCAAAUUGUGCAUAAAGAGUUUCGACAUGUA